CAGAGUGACCGACUACUCAUUAAAGGUGGAAGAAUUAUCAAUGAUGACCACUCCUUCUAUGCAGACAUAUACCUUGAAGAUGGACUUAUAAAGCAAAUAGGAGAGAAUCUGAUUGUUCCUGGAGGAGUCAAGACCAUAGAGGCUAAUGGGCGCAUGGUUAUUCCUGGGGGAAUAGAUGUCAACACUUACCUACAAAAGCCCUACCAGGGAAUGACUGCUGUUGAUGACUUCUAUCAAGGCACAAAAGCAGCGCUAGCAGGGGGAACCACCAUGAUCAUUGACCAUGUGCUUCCAGAGCCUGGAUCAAGUUUAUUGACCUCCUUUGAGAAGUGGCAUGAGGCAGCUGACACCAAAUCCUGUUGUGAUUACUCUCUCCAUGUGGAUAUCACCAGCUGGUAUGAUGGGAUACGAGAAGAGCUGGAAGUACUGGUGCAAGACAAAGGUGUGAACUCUUUUCAAGUCUACAUGGCCUACAAAGAUCUCUACCAAAUGUCUGACAGCCAGCUUUAUGAAGCCUUUACCUUUCUAAAAAGCCUUGGGGCUGUUAUCCUGGUCCAUGCUGAAAACGGAGACUUGAUAGCUCAGGAACAAAAGCGUAUCCUGGAGAUGGGAAUCACUGGACCCGAGGGACAUGCCCUGAGCAGGCCUGAGGAGCUUGAAGCAGAAGCAGUUUUUCGUGCCAUAACCAUUGCGAGUCGAAUAAACUGCCCAGUGUACAUCACCAAGGUGAUGAGCAAGAGUGCAGCUGAUAUCAUUGCACUGGCCAGAAAGAAAGGUCCCCUUGUUUUUGGAGAGCCCAUCACUGCCAGCCUGGGGACAGAUGGGACACAUUACUGGAGCAAAAACUGGGCCAAGGCUGCAGCUUUCGUGACCUCGCCACCCCUGAGCCCUGAUCCUACCACUCCAGAUCACUUAAAUUCGCUCUUGGCAUGUGGGGACCUGCAGGUGACGGGAAGUGGACAUUGCCCAUACAGCACUGCCCAGAAAGCCAUUGGAAAGGACAACUUCACUAUGAUUCCUGAAGGGGUCAAUGGAAUUGAGGAAAGAAUGACUGUUGUCUGGGACAAGGCUGUAGCCACGGGCAAGAUGGAUGAGAGCCAAUUUGUAGCUGUCACCAGCACCAAUGCUGCCAAAAUCUUUAAUCUGUAUCCAAGGAAAGGCCGGAUUGCUGUAGGAUCGGAUGCUGAUGUGGUUAUUUGGGAUCCUGAUAAGGUGAAGACUAUAACAGCUAAAAGCCAUAAAUCGGCUGUUGAGUACAACAUCUUUGAAGGAAUGGAGUGCCAUGGAGCCCCACUUGUGGUCAUAAGCCAAGGGAAGAUUGUGUUUGAAGAUGGAAAUCUGCACGUAAAUAAGGGAAUGGGUCGCUUCAUCCCUCGCAAACCUUUCCCUGAAUAUCUUUACCAGCGGAUCAAAAUCAGGAAUAAGGUGGGAGGACUGCAAGGAGUCUCCAGAGGAAUGUAUGAUGGGCCUGUGUACGAAAUCCCAGCUACGCCAAAAUAUGCAACUCCUGCACCCUCAACUAAAUCCUCCCCUGCCAAAAACCAGCCCCCACCAAUCAGAAACCUCCAUCAGUCCAAUUUUAGUUUAUCAGGGGCUCAGAUAGAUGACAAUAACCCACGCCGUACUGGCCACCGCAUCGUGGCACCUCCUGGUGGUCGCUCCAAUAUUACCAGUCUUGGCUGAAAAAGUGACGACGGACAGAAACACGAGGAUGAAGGAUCACGGGAAUAAUGUCUGUUCCCCUCAGUAUCUGUGUUAUCGAACCCACAGUUUUAUUUGGUACUAAUGGAAAUAAAAAACGAAAUGUCUUUCUUUUUUUUUUUGUAUAGGAAGAGGUGAUAAUAGUGUGGUGUGUUUGCUUGGAACUACUUGCCUCACAAUUGUGCUUUCAUGCCAUAGUCACCUUAAAGCAUGGUGCUUCCAUUGCCCCUUUAGUGACUACAGGUUUUAGCUUUGUCUUGUAACUGAAUGAUGGUUCCUUUGCACCCUUUCGCUGUAUUAGAGUAGUUAAUGCAUGUUACUGAGUUAUUUAUGCAAGUUGCAUUCUGUGAGUGAGUCCCUUUAGAACACGUUGCCAACAAUUGACUAGACACAAUGCCAAGAUUAAUGCCCGUAUUUGAGAAACACCGCCAAAAACACUUAUGAAGGAAGAAAAUGGCCAUCUUGAAAGUAUGCAGUAGAGUAGUAUAGGCAGCUUCUGUUUCAUCUUUAAUUUAUUAUAAACCCAAGAAGUACUUCUCUCAGACACAGAAAAUCACUGGGACAUGUAAUGACAAAUGGUCUCUGUAGCACCUGUCUGUUCCCACUCAUUACGUUCCAAGUCUGUGUCCUUCUUGUUUCCAUUUUAGACAGAGCCAUAAUUUAUACAUACCAAUGCCAUUGCCACCCCUGCAGGGAUUUCUCCAUCUGGGCAGUAGUGCUCUCCUUCUGCAUGAGAUUUUUGGUACUUACAGAUAAUCCAAGUUGCCGUCGGAUUUUUAAAGUUUUUUGUACAAAGUUUUUCCUUUGUAAUCACACGCAUUUUUACUUACUCUACCGUAUCAAGAUCUACUAGUCGUGGUUCAGUUUCUGAAUUCAAAGCUUGUGAAAUAAAGGAAAUUAAUUGAU